AUGUCGAAUGCAUCCGCAGGUACACUCCCCCCUGGAAGUUCCUCCGAGCUAGGUCGCUCCUCCACUGUUGUUCGUGUGAAUGAUGAGAACUUCAACAUUCCGUCUACCCAUCGGAAAAUCAUCAUUCGCCAGCUUAAGAAAGCUCUGUUGGAACAAGAAGUGCCCUCGCCACUAUGGGCUGUCUUCCAGGUGUGCGACAUGGAGAAGCUUGAGUGUAUCUUACAACUUGCUCACUUCUCAUUAAAAAUCAUGGACGCGAUUUGCGAUCUCAUCUGUACCCUUCCAUUCAAAUGGACGGUAACACCAUCCCCCUCUCAACAGUUAGAGCCAGGAUGCCGGCCUUCAAGUUUCAGUCCGCGGCCACGUGCUCCCCCAAUUGCAAUAUACGCCGCCAGAGAACGAGAUGGAUACAAGUGUGUCAUUACAGGCACCCGCAAGAUCUACCAAACUGCUCCAAUCUUCCCAGCUAGCGCAGUCAGCUCCGGCUUGCGUGAUGAUCCGCUUUCUCCUAACAUUUGGAGGUUCGCGGAUGUGUUCUGGGGAAAGGAUAGAGCCGAAAGAUGGAAAAAGGCAGUUUUUAACAAGCCAACUCAGCCUGGAAGUCUUGUCAAUGAUUGCUCUAAUCUGAUCUGCCUUCGGAGAGAUCUUCGGUCUGCAUGGUCAAGUGGUUUGUUCGCCCUGCGUCCCGUCUGGAUCUCCGAGAAGAUGACUGAAAUGGAUAUUGAGUUCUAUUGGCAGCCGAGGCCAGACCACAAGCUUUGCGACAAAGUUGAUUUGACCAAGGAGCCCAUCUCCACCAAGCAUCUCAACAGUGUAGACCGACUGAUCGUCGUGGUAGGAAAGCGAGGUGACCCAACCUACCGUGCCAUCGAGUCUGGCUACCGCUUUAAAAUGACAACCGACGACCCCGUCAAGCGACCGCUUCCCAGUUUCGACUUGCUGGAUAUGCAGUGGCAUUUCACUCGACUGAUCGGCUUAUGCGCUGCGGGCACUUUCUUCGAUAAAAAUAGUGAGGAUGAUGACGACGCCAAAUCAGACAUUACUACCCACCCGGACCAGCCUUCCACCCCGCCCAACAACGACCUUCUGGCUUGGAUUGAAUCGUCCUCCCACGAUUUCGAUGCUCCCCCUGACCCAGAAUACGUAGAGGAUACUAGCGCAUCGAUGAUGGGCCCUCUGCCAGGGUCCAACCCCAACCGUUCGCGCAGUGUUAGCCAGGCUUCCAAGAGUUCCGAAAAGUCAGCAGACCCAGCGGAUUCGGCAGCUUCAGGAAGUUUGGAGAGUUCAGCCAGCGAGAUGAUUAAUGUGAUCUCCGGAACUGGCCACCUAUCUCUUGACUUCAAAUCGGACAGCUAA